AUGGCCCCUAAAGUCCUCGUCGUCCUCACCUCCCACGACAAGAUCGACGCCCUCGGUAAACCAACCGGCUGGUAUCUGCCCGAAUUCGCCCAUCCCCACGAAGUCCUCCAUGACAAAGUCUCCCUCACAAUCGCCUCUCCAAAAGGAGGCGAAGCACCCCUAGACCCAUCCUCAGUCCAGAUGUCCGAGGGAGACGAGGUGGCGCAGAAGUUCCUGAAAGAGCAAAAAGCUCUUUGGACGAACACGUACAAGCUGGCGGAUAUGCUUCCGCGCGCGGACGAGUUCGACGCCAUUUUCUAUGUUGGCGGUCAUGGACCAAUGUUCGACCUCACAACCGACCCGGUCUCACUCGCUCUCAUUCAAACCUUCGCGGCUGCGAACAAGCCUGUUGCAGCCGUCUGUCACGCCCCCUGCGUGCUACUGAAUGCGACUGCGCCCUCGGGCGUGCCGCUUAUCUCGGGGGUUACCGUGACCGGGUUCUCGAAUGCCGAGGAAGAUGCAGUGCAGCUGUCGUCGGCGAUGCCAUUUAUGCUUGAGACGGAGCUAGGACGUGUUACUGGUGGGAAGUAUGUUAAGGCUGCGGAGCCUUGGGGGAGAUGGUUGUUGUUGGGAAGGCGGCUGGGACGGGGUCGACUAUUAUCACUGGGCAGAAUCCCGGGUCUGCGUCUGGAGUUGGAAAGGCGAUCUUGA